CGUCCCAUCCCUCCCUGGAACUGCCUGGCCAGGAGCCGGCAGGCACGUGAUCCAGGGAGCGCCCCGCCUCUUUAACCUUCCAAAGGCGAUUGGCUCAGGAGGCGCGUGCGCUCAGAGGCCCAUCCCGUGCCACCGCCCACUUCCCCUCCCACGGUCUCUGGUUCGCGUCAUGGCCGCCGCCACCGCUCUGGAGGCGGUGGCGCCUACGGGCGCCCUGUGGGGCCUCGUGCAAGACUUCGUCAUGGGUCAGCAGGAGGGCCCGGCUGACCAAGUAGCUGCAGAUGUGAAAUCUGGAAGCUAUACAGUGUUACAAGUGGUGGAAGCCCUUGGGUCAUCUCUAGAGAAUCCAGAACCCCGAACUCGGGCACGAGGAAUCCAGCUUCUGUCACAGGUGCUACUCCAGUGUCACUCCUUGCUCCUGGAGAAGGAAGUGGUCCACCUGAUCCUAUUCUAUGAGAACCGGCUGAAGGAUCAUCAUUUUGUGAUCCCAUCUGUCCUGCAAGGUUUGAGGGCACUUAGUCUGUGUGUGGCCCUGCCCCCAGGGCUGGCUGUCUCUGUACUUAAAGCCAUCUUCCAGGAGGUCCACGUCCAGUCCCUGCCUCAGGUGGACCGACACACAGUCUACAGUAUCAUCACCAACUUCAUGCGAACCCGGGAAGAAGAGCUGAAGGGCCUAGGAGCUGACUUCACCUUUGGCUUCAUCCAGGUGAUGGAUGGGGAAAAGGAUCCGCGAAAUCUUCUGGUGGCUUUCCGCAUCGUCCAUGACCUCAUCUCUAGGGACUAUAGUCUGGGACCCUUUGUGGAGGAGUUGUUUGAAGUGACGUCUUGUUACUUCCCUAUUGAUUUUACCCCUCCACCUAAUGAUCCCCACGGUAUCCAGAGAGAAGACCUCAUCCUGAGUCUUCGAGCUGUGCUGGCUUCUACACCGCGAUUUGCUGAGUUCCUGCUGCCCCUGCUGAUUGAGAAAGUAGAUUCUGAGAUUCUGAGUGCCAAGCUGGAUUCUCUGCAGACUCUGAAUGCUUGCUGUGCUGUGUACGGACAGAAGGAACUGAAAGACUUCCUCCCCAGCCUUUGGGCUUCUAUCCGCAGAGAGGUGUUCCAGACGGCAAGUGAGCGGGUGGAGGCGGAUGGCCUGGCAGCCCUCCACUCCCUGACUGCGUGUUUGUCUCGCUCUGUGCUGAGGGCUGAUGCCGAGGACCUCCUUGACUCCUUCCUUAGCAACAUUCUACAGGACUGCAGGCACCAUCUGUGUGAACCGGACAUGAAACUGGUGUGGCCUAGUGCCAAACUGUUGCAGGCAGCUGCAGGUGCAUCUGCUCGGGCCUGUGACCAUAUCACCAGCAACGUACUGCCUUUACUGCUGGAACAGUUCCACAAGCACAGUCAGAGCAACCAGCGGCGGACAAUCCUUGAAAUGAUCCUGGGUUUCUUGAAGCUACACCAGAAAUGGAGCUAUGAAGACAAGGAUGAAAGGCCGCUGAAUGGCUUCAAGGACCAGCUGUGCUCACUGGUGUUCAUGGCUCUGACAGAUCCCAGCGCCCAGCUUCAGCUUGUUGGCAUCCGUACACUCACAGUCUUGGGUGCCCAGCCAGAUCUUCUCUCUUCUGGGGACUUGGAGCUGGCAGUGGGUCACCUGUACAGACUGAGCUUCCUGGAGGAGGACUCCCAGAGUUGCAGGGUGGCAGCACUGGAAGCAUCGGGAGCCCUGGCCACUCUCUACCCUGUAGCCUUCAGCAGCCACCUAGUGCCCAAGCUUGCUGAGGAGCUGGGCAGAGGGGAGUUAGAUUUGGCUAGAGGGGAUGAGCCUGCCAAAUGCUCCCAGCAUCUGCGCUGUCUACAAGCCUUAUCAGCUAUAUCAACACAUCCCAAUAUUGUCAAGGAGACCCUGCCUCUGCUGCUACAGCAUCUCUGCCAGAUGAAUAAAGGGUAUAUGGUUGCAGGAACCAGUGAAGUUAUUGCUGUCUGUCAGAGCCUCCAGCAGGUGGCAGAAAAAUGCCAGCGGGACCUUGAGAGCUGCUGGUAUUUCCAUCAGACAGCUGUACCUUGCCUGCUCGCCCUGGCUGUGCAGGCUUCCAUGCCAGAGAAGGAGCACUCAGUUCUGAGAAAAGUACUGUUGGAGGAUGAGGUCUUGGCUGCCAUGGUGUCUGUCAUUGGCACUGCCACCACCCACUUGAGCCCUGACUUAGCUGCCCAGAGUGUUGCCCACAUUGUGCCCCUUUUCUUGGAUGGCAACGUCUCCUUUCUGCCUGAAAACAGCUUCCCUUGCAGAUUCCAGCCAUUCCAGGAUGGCUCCUCAGGGCAGAGGCGGCUGGUUGCAUUGCUUAUGGCCUUUGUCUGCUCCUUGCCUCGAAAUGUGGAAAUCCCUCAACUGAACCAACUCAUGCGGGAGCUUGUAGAGCUGAGCUGCUGCCCCAGCUGCCCCUCCUCCUCCACCGCUGCCGCCAAGUGCUUUGCAGGACUCCUCAACAAGCUCCCUGCAGGGCAACAGCUAGAUGAAUUCCUGCAGCUGGCAGUGGACAAAGUGGAGGCUGGCCUGAGCCCUGGCCCCUAUCGUAGUCAGGCCUUCACACUGCUUCUCUGGGUAACAAAGGCCUUAGUGCUUAGAUAUCAUCCUCUCAGCUCAUGCCUUACAGACCGGCUCAUGGGCCUCCUGGGUGAUCCAGAACUAGGCCCAGCAGCAGCUGAUGGCUUCUCUCUGCUCAUGUCUGACUGCACGGACGUGUUGACCCGUGCUGGCCAUGCUGAAGUGCGUAUCAUGUUCCGCCAGCGGUUCUUCACAGAUAACGUGCCUGCUUUGGUCCAGGGUUUCCAUGCUGCUUCCCAAGAUGUGAAGCCAAAUUACCUGAAGGGCCUGUCUCACGUACUUAAUAGGCUGCCUAAGCCUGUACUCCUACCAGAGUUGCCUACGCUGCUCUCCUUGCUGCUGGAGGCCCUGUCUUGCUCCGACUGUGUAGUUCAGCUCUCCACCCUCAGCUGCCUUCAGCCUCUUCUACUGGAAGCACCCCAGGUCAUGAGUCUUCACGUUGACACCCUUGUCACCAAGUUUCUGAACCUCAGCUCUAGUCCUUCCAUGGCUGUCCGGAUUGCCGCAUUGCAGUGCAUGCACGCUCUCACUCGCCUGCCCACCCCUGUGCUGCUGCCGUAUAAACCACAGGUGAUCCGAGCCUUAGCCAAGCCCCUAGAUGACAAGAAGAGACUGGUGCGCAAGGAGGCAGUGUCAGCCAGGGGAGAAUGGUUUCUGCUGGGGAGCCCUGGCAGCUGAGCCCUCGGUCCUGGCCUACGCUGUUCUGACAGACAAUCUAACCUGGAAUUACUAACUAUCGAGCCAUGUUGCCCAAGGCAGGGAGACCACUGGCCUCUGAUUGCCUCUCCCCAGGCCUCUGUUGCAUGGCUGUAUAGGAAACAUAGGAAUCCUGACUUCUAAUGGAUUUGUGAAGUAACUGAGUGUGAGAGUACUUGUGUUUGAGGAAAGAUCUUGGUCUUAGGGCUCUUCCAUUUAUUUGUCAGAAAAAGGGAGAUAUGCUGCUGAGGGGUGAAUGAAUGCACACGAAUGUGGCCCUGAGGACCAGAGAUGAUGGAUGUGUGUGUACCUGCUGGAAAAUAAAGAUUUCUUUUGGUAAUGGGGCUGUCAGAUGUUUCCCCUUCCCCAUUCAUGCCUCAGUGGCACAUAACCAGAGCACCAGUGCAUAAGCUAUAGGAACACUAAUGACAGAGACUGGCCAAGAAUUUUCAGGGUAUCCACCCCUCCAAGUAGAGCAUAGGAAGCAUGACCAGAACACCCACUCACUAGGUCUUGACCCUGACUUUUCCCUUCCUCGCCCUAAAGUAAAGGCAAUGAAA